UUACCAUUUAAAAAAAGAAUAUAAUAUUCUACUAACAAGUAAAUAAUUCAUUCAUGAGGUAACGGCUGUAAAUUAAUGGCGGAAGGUGAAACGUUAAAUAUUGAUAGUAUUAUUGCUAGACUAUUAGAAGUAAGAGGCUCUAAACCAGGGACCACUGCUCAAUUAACUGAAACAGAAAUAAGAGGCUUGUGCUUGAAAUCUAGGGAAAUUUUUUUAAGUCAACCUAUUUUGUUGGAAUUGGAAGCACCUUUAAAAAUAUGUGGUGAUAUACAUGGACAAUAUUAUGAUCUAUUGCGCUUAUUUGAAUAUGGCGGAUUUCCACCAGAGAGCAAUUAUUUAUUUUUGGGAGAUUAUGUAGACAGAGGAAAACAAUCUUUGGAAACAAUUUGCUUAAUAUUAGCUUAUAAAAUAAAAUAUCCAGAAAAUUUUUUUCUACUUAGAGGAAACCAUGAAUGUGCUAGCAUUAACAGAAUUUAUGGCUUCUAUGAUGAAUGUAAGAGACGUUAUAGUAUUAAAUUAUGGAAAACAUUCACAGAUUGCUUUAAUUGCUUACCAAUCGUUGCUAUAAUUGAUGAAAAAAUAUUUUGUUGUCAUGGAGGCCUAAGCCCUGAUCUGAACAGCAUGGAGCAAAUAAGACGUAUCAUGCGCCCUACUGAUGUUCCUGACCAAGGUCUCCUUUGUGAUUUGCUAUGGUCUGACCCCGAUAAAGAUACAAUGGGCUGGGGCGAAAAUGAUAGGGGUGUUAGUUACACAUUCGGAGCCGAGAUUGUCGAUAAAUUUCUGCAUAAGCAUGACUUGGACUUGAUCUGUAGGGCUCAUCAGGUCGUGGAAGAUGGUUACGAGUUUUUUGCCAAAAGACAAUUAGUGACCCUUUUUUCGGCCCCAAAUUAUUGCGGAGAGUUUGACAAUGCUGGAGCUAUGAUGACCGUAGAUGAAACUUUGUUAUGUUCUUUUCAGAUACUUAAACCAUCAGAUAAAAAGAAAUUUGCUCAUGGAUUUGUUGGCAUGAAUAUAGCCAGCAAAACAAACGCCCCUGCGAAAUCAACUAAAAAAUGACAUAUUUUUUAUAAUUAUCAAAUCAAUUGUGCCACACAAACAAAACAAUUUUAUCAUAAGAUUAAGAUUGAUAUUUCUGAUUUUUUACAUGAAAUCUUGAUAAUACAUGAUAUAAUAUAUUGAUUAUACUGUAUAUAAAUAUUUACAUUUAGUAAAUUUAUGUUUUUCAAAAAUAAUUUUCCAUAUUCUGAAUUUUUUAAACUCGUUCGUUAUACGCGAAAUAUAUUAAGUAAUGAUAAAAAACCAAUCUACAACAAAUGGCAUUUUAAAAUUAUUUUUUAUU